UAACAUUCAUAGAAACCAAAACCAACCGACGUGGAAGCAGUUCACUCUUUCAGGAGUAAAAUAAAACGCAGUUUGGAACAAAUUGUCUGACAGACAGAAAACAUAACAAGGAAUGGCCUCUGCUAACACUUCCUGGUCUGAGGAGGACUUUUCAUGUUCCAUCUGUCUGGACGUGUUCAGCAGCCCGGUUACCACACCAUGUGGACACAACUUCUGCAGAACCUGUAUUACAAAGUUCUGGGAUGAACCAGUCAAGUACAAAUGUCCUGUUUGCAACAAGAUUUUCGACACAAAACCUGAUCCACGGGUCAAUACCCUCUUAUCAGAGCUGGCUGCUCAGUUUAGAACAACCGUACGAGUUAAAGAGCAGCCUUGUGUUGAACCAGCAGAAGUUCCCUGUGACGUCUGUACUGGGACCCAGCAGAAGGCUGUGAAGUCCUGCCUAGUGUGUUUCACCUCUUACUGCCAAACCCACCUGGAGCCACAUCAGAGAGUCACAGUCCUGAAGGGACAUCGGCUGGUUGAGCCUUUGGACCGUCUGGAAGACAGGAUGUGUAAGAAACACAACCGACUUCUGGAGCUCUUCUGCCAGACUGAACAGGUGUGUGUGUGUCAGUUCUGCACAGAGACAGACCACAAGUCCCAUCCUGUUGUACCUCUGAAGGAGGAAUAUGAAGUGAAGACGGCCCAGCUGGGGAAGAUAGAGGCUGAAGUUCCACAGAUGAUCCAGGAGAGAAAAGAAAAGAUUAUGGAGGUCAAAGACAGAGUAGAACUGAGCAACAAAGUUGCAGACAGAGAGAUAGCCAUUGGUGGGCAGGUCUUCACUGCUCUGAUAGGCUGUGUUGAAAAGUGCCGCGAUGAAUUCAACCAGACGGUUCAAGAGGAACUGAAAUCCACAGAGAAACAAGCUGAAGACCUCAUCAAAGAGCUGGAGCAGGAAAUAGAAGAUCUGACCAAUAGAUGCUCAGAGGUGAAGCAGCUCUCACACACUAAAGACCACCUCCACUUCCUCCAGACCUUCAGAUCCCUGAAGGAUCCUCCACCCACCAGGGACUGGACCACGGUGGAGGUCCGUCCUCCGUCAUACGUAGGGACCCUGAGGAGAUCCCUGGAUCAGCUGGAGGAGACACUGAACAUGGAGAUGAAGAAGCUGCGUGAUGAUGCUGAACUGAAGAGGGUCCAGCAGUAUGAAGUAGAUGUGACUCUGGAUCCUGAUACAGCUUUUCCCAGUCUCAUCCUGUCUGAGGAUGGGAAACAAGUACAUCGUGGAGGUGUGAGGAAGGUACUCCCAGACAACCCUAAGAGAUUUACAAAGUAUACAUUUGUUCUCACGAGGCAGAGCUUCUCCUCAGGGAGAUUUUACUUUGAGGUACAGGUUAAAGACAAGACUGGAUGGUGGUUAGGAGUGGUCAGAGAGUCCAUCGAUAGAAAAGGUGUGACCACGUGGGCCCCUGAGACGGGUUCCUGGACUCUUCACUACUACAAGGAUGGGUUGGUAUUUAAAGAUAACCCUCCUCUCUGUCUCCCUCUGAGAGCUGAGCUCCAGAAGGUGGGGGUGUUUGUUGAUUAUGAUGAGGGUCUGCUCUCCUUCUAUGAUGUGGAAGCCAGGGUUCAUAUCUACUCUGCUACUGGCUGCACCUUCAGUGAGCCUCUCUAUCCACUCCUCUGCCCAUUUCCCCGUGAUUAUAAAGGUAACAACUCUGCCCCCCUGAUCAUCUCACCUGUCAAUCAAACAGUUAUGGCCUCUGCUAACACUUCCUGGUCUGAGGAGGACUUUUCAUGUUCCAUCUGUCUGGACGUGUUCAGCAGCCCGGUUACCACACCAUGUGGACACAACUUCUGCAGAACCUGUAUUACAAAGUUCUGGGAUGAACAAGUCAAGUACAAAUGUCCUGUUUGCAACAAGUUUUUCGACACAAAACCUGAUCCACAGGUCAAUACCCUCUUAUCACAGCUGGCUGCUCAGUUUAGAACAACCGUACGAGUUAAAGAGCAGCCUUGUGUUGAACCAGCAGAAGUUCCCUGUGACGUCUGUACUGGGACCCAGCAGAAGGCUGUGAAGUCCUGCCUAGUGUGUUUCACCUCUUACUGCCAAACCCACCUGGAGCCACAUCAGAGAGUCGCUCGCCUGCAGAAACAUCGGCUGGUCGAGCCUAUGGACCGUCUGGAAGACAGGAUGUGUAAGAAACACGACCGACUUCUGGAGCUCUUCUGCCAGACUGAACAGGUGUGUGUGUGUCUGUUGUGCACAGUGACAGACCACAAGUCCCAUCCUGUUGUACCUCUGAAGGAGGAAUAUGAAGUGAAGACGGCCCAGCUGGGGAAGAUAGAGGCUGAAGUUCCGCAGAUGAUCCAGGAGAGGAAACAAAAGAUUAAGGAGAUCAAAGACAGAGUAGAACUGAGCAACAAAGUUGCAGACAGAGAGAUAGCCAUUGGUGGGCAGGUCUUCACUGCUCUGAUAGGCUGUGUUGAAAAGUGCCGGGAUGAAUUCAACCAAACGGUUCAAGAGGAACUGAAAUCCACAGAGAAACAAGCUGAAGACCUCAUCAAAGAGCUGGAGCAGGAAAUAGAAGAUCUGACCAAUAGAUGCUCAGAGGUGAAGCAGCUCUCACACACUAAAGACCACCUCCACUUCCUCCAGACCUUCAGAUCCCUGAAGGAUCCUCCACCCACCAGGGACUUGACCACGGUGGAGGUCAGUCCUCCGUCAUACGUAGGGACCUUGAAGAGAUCCCUGGAUCAGCUGGAUGAGACACUUUACAUGGAGAUGAAGAAGCUGCGUGAUGAUGCUGUACUGAAGAGGGUCCAGCAGUAUGAAGUAGAUGUGACUCUGGAUCCUGAUACAGCUUAUCCCCAUCUCAUCCUGUCUGAGGAUGGGAAACAAGUACAUUAUGGAGGUGUGAUGAAGGUACUCCCAGACAACCCUAAGAGAUUUACAAAGUCUAUGAUUGUUCUCACGAGGCAGAGCUUCUCCUCAGGGAGAUUUUACUUUGAGGUACAGGUUAAAGACAAGACAGCAUGGUUGUUAGGAGUGGGCAGAGAGUCCAUCGACAGAAAAGGUGCGACCACGUGGAUCCCUGAGACUGGUUACUGGACUCUUCACUACUACAAGGAUGGGUUGGUAUUUAAAGAUAACCCUCCUGUCUGUCUCCCUCCGAGAGCUGAGCUCCAGAAGGUGGGGGUGUUUGUUGAUUAUGAUGAGGGUGUGGUCUCCUUCUAUGAUGUGGAAGCCAGGGUUCAUAUCUACUCUGCUACUGGCUGCACCUUCAGUGAGCCUCUCUAUCCAUUCCUCAACCCAGGUUCCAGUUGUUAUGAAGGUAAGAACUCUGCCCCCCUGAUCAUCUCACCUGUCAAUCAAACAGACUAGGACCUUUGUUUGAUAAUAAAACAAAGAAUCAACCAAAACAACUAAUGUUGUUUACUGAAUUAGAAUCUCUACUAUGUGAGAUCUGAGAGAACUGCUUUAAUGUCGUACUGCUGAUAUUUAACGAGGAGAUGAUAUUUAACGAGGAGAUGAUCUUUAAGAAUAUUAUCACAGUUGUUGCAUCAACUCAUUAUAAAUGGUUAGAUUACAAUAUAUCUCAUUCAUGUUUUCUCCUGAUUUUUUUAUACGUUUAAUGCUAUAACAUAGUUACAGUUGCAAUCAUGUAGAAUAUUUUUAGAUUUUUCAUUUGUAUAAUAAUGACCUUAUAACCCCUUACUUAAAAUGUCUAUUGGUCUAUCUUCUGAACACUUGAUUUAUUUUAUUAAAAAGAAAGGGCAAAAAAUGUAAUGUGUGGGUCUACAGCAUUUCUAUUGAUCAUUUCACUGGAAUAGGUACAAUCUCGUCCAACAGUGUUUUGUAGAAAUAAUUUCUCAGUGCGAUACAAAUAUUAAAUUAGUUUUUUGACAAUAUCCAUAUUUUGAUUAAUUGGAGAUUGAUGGAAUGUUUAAAAUCACUGAAAUUUGUAAACGUCUUUAAUUUUUUAACCAGUAAUUUACUUAAUCUCCACCAUACAACAACCCUUCAUGUGUUACAAACUUAAACAAAGCUCACAGUGACUACAUGUAAAGAUUCUUCCAAUGUGUGUGAGUACCGUGACUUUGUCUUGUCAGCUCUCCUCCUCUCCAUCCUCUUCUCCUCCUCUCUCUCUUCUCCUCCUCUUCUCUCUUAUCUCUGCUCUAGUCUGUAACUCGGAUUGUGUUCAUUAUUGUCGUACAUUACAUUACUUAUGGUCUAAAUAAGUCUCCAAGUGUGUCUUUAGUCGCCUUUUAGAAAUAAAGGCGCUCAUAGGAUCAAAGGUACGUGCACAACUGUUAAGGAUCUGUAAUAUUUGGUACUAUUCUUUAGUCAUUCUGUUUAUGAUGUACUUGUAAGUGACUGUUUUUCAGUUAUAUUUGUUGUUAAAGCAUAAUGGUAAUAAACAACUCAGUCCAACCCACUGAAUGUUGUCGUGUGUUCAGCCGGUGAUUCAUUCUGUUCCUUCAGUCUCAAUCCUCCAAGCUGAGCAGAUGUUCCUCCAGAGCUCUCUGUUGGUUAUCCUAGCAGCACACCUGGAAGGUCCUUCAGCCCCCUGGAUCCCAGCAGGUCUCUAUGGUGUCCUGCCCCCUGACGUGGGCCCAGU